AUGAAAACCAUUCGCCGGUCUACGUGUCUCUUUGCAUACCACCGUCCCUUCCGCCCCACUCCCUACUCCUCCCCUUCCUCACGCGCGCACUCACUCCUCCAGCGCUCACUCCUCCAGCGCACACUCACUCCCCCAGCGCGCAUUCGCUCCCACCGCGUGCCCCAUUUCCCCCCCCGCGCGCACUCGCUCCCACUGCAUCCCUACUCCCAUCUCCUCUCCCCCACUGCAUCCCUUCUCCCAUCUCCUCUCCCCCACUGCAUCCUUACUCCCAUCUCCUCUCCCCCACUGCAUCCCUACUCCCAUCUCCUCUCCCCCACUGCAUCCCUACUCCCAUCUCCUCUUCCCCACUGCAUCCCUUCUCCCAUCUCCUCUCCCCCACUGCAUCCCUACUCCCAUCUCCUCCCCCCCGCUGCAUCCCUUCUCCCAUCUCCUCUCCCCCACUGCAUCCCUUCUCCCAUCUCCUCUCCCCCACUGCAUCCCUUCUCCCAUCUCCUCUCCCCCACUGCAUCCCUACUCCCAUCUCCUCUCCCCCACUGCAUCCCUACUCCCAUCUCCUCUCCCCCACUGCAUCCCUUCUCCCAUCUCCUCUCCCCCACUGCAUCCCUACUCCCAUCUCCUCUCCCCCACUGCAUCCCUUCUCCCAUCUCCUCUCCCCCACUGCAUCCCUUCUCCCAUCUCCUCUCCCCCACUGCAUCCCUACUCCCAUCUCCUCUCCCCCACUGCAUCCCUACUCCCAUCUCCUCUCCCCCACUGCAUCCCUACUCCCAUCUGCUCUCCCCCACUGCAUCCCUACUCCCAUCUCCUCUCCCCCACUGCAUCCCUACUCCCAUCUCCUCUCCCCCACUGCAUCCCUUCUCCCAUCUCCUCUCCCCCACUGCAUCCCACCUACUCAUCCCCCACCCGCUGCUCGCCUCACCCGCUGCUCUGCCUCACCCCAUCUCUACCUCACCCCAUCUCUACCUCACCCCAUCUCUGCCUCACCCCAUCUCUACCUCACCCCAUCUCUGCCUCACCCCAUCUCUGCCUCACCCCAUCUCUGCCUCACCCCAUCUCUACCUCACCCCAUCUCUGCCUCACCCCAUCUCUGCCUCGCCCCAUCUCUGCCUCACCCCAUCUCUGCCUCAUCCCAUCUCUGCCUCGCCCCAUCUCUGCCUCGCCCCAUCUCUGCCUCGCCCCAUCUCUGCCUCACCCCAUCUCUACCUCACCCCAUCUCUACCUCACCCCAUCUCUGCCUCACCCCAUCUCUACCUCACCCCAUCUCUGCCUCACCCCAUCUCUGCCUCACCCCAUCUCUGCCUCACCCCAUCUCUACCUCACCCCAUCUCUGCCUCACCCUAUCUCUGCCUCGCCCCAUCUCUGCCUCACCCCAUCUCUGCCUCAUCCCAUCUCUGCCUCGCCCCAUCUCUGCCUCGCCCCAUCUCUGCCUCGCCCCAUCUCUGCCUCACCCCAUCUCUACCUCACCCCAUCUCUACCUCACCCCAUCUCUGCCUCACCCCAUCUCUACCUCACCCCAUCUCUGCCUCACCCCAUCUCUGCCUCACCCCAUCUCUGCCUCACCCCAUCUCUACCUCACCCCAUCUCUGCCUCACCCCAUCUCUGCCUCGCCCCAUCUCUGCCUCACCCCAUCUCUGCCUCAUCCCAUCUCUGCCUCGCCCCAUCUCUGCCUCGCCCCAUCUCUGCCUCGCCCCAUCUCUGCCUCACCCCAUCUCUGCCUCCUCCAAUGACUGGUCCGCCUGGCAUGGACCAAAAGCUUGUGGUGACCAGGAAAGGCGACGUGCUGCGUGA